UGCCUGGGGGUGUAAAGAGCAGCUUGUGCCCAGAAGGGUUCAAGGCAGCUGAGCAGUCAGGCGCGGUCUGGCCGAGUGAGCUAGGCCAGUGGACUGGGGCCCUGAGACAUGGGGGUCCAUGUCCCCCUUCCCGUGGACCAUGGCUUCGACCAAAUGGCUCCCUUUCCCCUGGAACUCUUUGGGCCUAUGCUGCAAUUACCUUGGGCUCCAAAAAUUCAACAGACACGUGUUCUCACGUGGAGUCUUCUCUCCUCAGCUCUGAGCCAUCCUCAGUGAGACACAGACACCCGCUCCCCACCACUGCACCUUCCUCUUCCGCAGACUCCCCUUUCCUUCACCUCCGGCUCUCAGACCACCAGCCUCUGCAGUCCACACCCAGAGGCUGCUUCUCCCCCAGGAUCCCAGUCCCUUCCUGACCUGGACAGGAGUCUUCCGCGGCCCCUUUGAAAGCUGAUUUGGCUGGCAGUACCAUCUUCACCCUCCUCCCUUGGUCAUCUGACCCCAUAACCUGGGUGCUAGGCUCACGCUGUGAUUCCACUCAGGCACCCACUGCCAUUUUUGGUGACCGGCAUCUACAGGAUGCCAACGCCUUGGUCAGCUCACAGAAGCCCUCUUACUUCCAGAACGCACUCCACAGGCACUCAGACCUGUUACUGCCAGUCAGGAGCAGCACCUUCAGAAUCCCGGGGCAUCCACGCUUUGUUUGCCGCCUGCGUUUUCCACUCACCUGCCCUAAUUUAUCACCUUUCUCUGAUUCUAAGAGCCUUCGAGUCGGAGCUUUCUCGCUCUCCGCAACAAACCAGAGCGGCGGCGGGUCGUUUCCACGACUCUUCGACGCUCUGCACUGAGGCUGGAAUCCCGCCUCUAGUUCGGCCUCCGUCACACCCCCUCUGCUCCGGGCAUGCGCGCUGGUGGUUCGCGGUGGAGGGGGCUGGAGUGCGCAUGCGCGAAGACGAGAGGGCCGCCGGAACCGGAAGUGCGAGCGGGCUCGCAGCCCGACGUUGACAGGAGCUGCACGCUGGGCCGCCGGCUGUAGCUGGCCGCCGGAGAGGGGUCCCGGAGUCGCACGGCCCCGCUCCGCCAUGGGCCUCCUGUCGGACCCGGUGCGCCGGCGCGCGCUCGCCCGCCUCGUGCUUCGCCUCAACGCGCCUCUAUGCGUGCUGAGCUACGUGGCGGGCAUCGCCUGGUUCCUGGCGCUGGCUUUCCCGCCGCUGACCCAGCGCACUUACAUGUCGGAGAACGCCAUGGGCUCCACUAUGGUGGAGGAACAGUUUGCUGGCGGAGACCGUGCCCGGGGCUUUGCCCGGGACUUCGCUGCCCACCGCAGGAAGUCGGGGGCUCUGCCAGUGGCCUGGCUGGAGCGGACGAUGCGGUCAGUGGGGCUGGAGGUCUACACGCAGAGUUUCUCCCGGAAACUGCCCUUUCCAGAUGAGACUCACGAGCGCUAUGUGGUGGCAGGCACCAACGUGUACGGCAUCCUGCGGGCCCCUCGAGCUGCCAGCACCGAGUCUCUGGUGCUCACCGUACCCUGUGGCCCUGACUCUACCAACAGCCAGGCUGUGGGGCUGCUGCUGGCACUCGCUGCCCACUUCCGGGGGCAGAUUUACUGGGCCAAAGACAUCAUCUUCCUGGUGACAGAACACGACCUUUUGGGCACUGAGGCUUGGCUGGAAGCCUACCACGACACCAAUGUCACUGGCAUGCAGUCAUCACCUCUGCAGGGCCGGGCUGGGGCCAUCCAGGCAGCUGUGGCCCUGGAGCUGAGCAGCGACGUGGUCACUAGCCUUGACGUGGCUGUGGAGGGGCUCAAUGGGCAGCUACCCAACCUUGACCUACUCAACCUCUUUCAGACCUUCUGCCAGAAAGGGGGGCUGCUUUGCACGCUGCAGGGCAAGCUGCAGCCCCAGGACUGGACGUCGGCAGAUGGGCCACUGCAGGGUCUACAGACCCUGCUGCUCAUGGUCUUGCAGCAGGCCUCUGGCUGCCCCCACGGCCCCCACGGCCUCUUCCUGCGCUACCGCGUGGAGGCCCUGACCCUACGCGGCAUCAAUAGUUUCCGCCAGUACAAGUAUGAUCUGGUGGCAGUGGGCAAGGCUCUGGAGGGCAUGUUCCGCAAACUGAACCACCUCCUGGAGCGCCUGCACCAGUCCUUCUUCUUGUACCUGCUGGCCGCCCUGUCCCGCUUCGUGUCCAUUGGCCUCUACAUGCCCGCCGCCGGCUUCUUGCUCCUGGUCCUUGGUCUCAAGGCUCUGGAGCUGUGGAUGCGGCUGCACGAGGCUGGGGCAGGCUCCGCGGAGGUGGGGGCGGCCUCUGCGCCCACUACCCCUCUCCCCCCUGCACAGGGCGUGGGGCUGGCCUCGCUGGUGGCGCCUUUGCUGAUCUCCCAGGCCAUGGGCGUGGCCCUGUACACUCUUCCGGUGCUGGGCCAGCAUGUGGCCGCCCAGCACUUCCCUGUGGCUGAGGCUGAAGCUGUGGUGCUGACACUGCUGGCCAUCUACGCGGCGGGCCUGGCCCUUCCGCACAGCGCACACCGGGUGGUGAGUGCACAGGCCCCGGACAGGGGCUGGAUGGCGCUGAAGCUGGUGGCCCUCAUCUACCUGGCACUACAGCUGGCCUGCAUCGCCCUCACCAACUUCUCGCUGGGCUUCCUGCUGGCUGCCACCAUGGUGCCUGCCGCUGCACUCACUGAGCCCUGUGGGCCCCGGCCACUCUAUGCUGCUCUGCUGGUGCUGACGAGCCCCGCAGCCACACUCCUGGGCAGCCUGUUCUUGUGGCGGGAGCUGCAGGAGGCACCGCUGUCGCUGGUCGAGGGCUGGCAGCUCUUCCUGGGGACACUGGCCCAGGGUGUGCUGGAGCACCACACCUACGGCGCCCUGCUCUUCCCGCUGCUGUCCCUGGGCAUCUACCCCUGCUGGCUGCUCUUCUGGAACGUGCUCUUCUGGAAGUGAUGUCCGCUCGCUCGCGGUGUGAAGACGAGACUGUGGUGGGAACUCCCCAGACCCCAUACUCCCCUUCCUAGGAAAUAAACAGGUGUCUUGCUCCGGC